CACCACUACCCAAAAAUUGAUGGCGCAAAACCAGGCGAAAUGCAUAGUUUCUAUCCAAAUAAUCGGUAUCCUAUAAAUGAUUUACACUAUGCAGCGUCAUCAUCAAAUCCGGUCAUUGUGGAUAAUCACCAUUUUAAUACUCAAGCAAAAAACUUACACGAAAAACAACCCUUGGAAAUUCUUAACGACGAUGCUUAUGCAGGGAAUGUUGCUUCCAUGCAAUAUGAACCAGUCAUUAAGGACGAUUACAUAGGACCAAUUCCAUUAUUGGCGGAUCAUUGGGCUAAAAGCGACGUAAAAUUCCGACGUAAUCCUAGCUACGGAAAGGGUCAUCGCAUCGAAUACGGAGGAUUUAAGCCACCAUUAGUGCCAUCGGUUGAGAUAGAUGAGCAUGGCAUUCCACUUUUAAAAAAAAGCCCUCCUCUGCUUUCUUGGUAGUAUCUUCGGUAGAAAAUAAUAAUUUAGACGUGAAUUUUCCUGUUUGAUUGAGCGUAGGUUAUAUGUUUUGUUUGCUAUAC